AUGAGGGCCUUCAUCAUUCUGCCUCUCGUGACAUCCAUCUUGGCAGCGCCUACCCAAACAUUGGUGCGCCGCCAGCCUGACAGUGUGAUUCCGUCUGCCCCAUCUGGGGUCAACGUCGGUGUCAAGGCAAUGGCAGCUCCCGCCCCCAGUGCUCCCCCUCAAGCACCUGCCCCUGGAGGGCAAUCGGGAGGUGGUAGCGCUGCUGGUGGCGGACUGGGAGACCUUGCAAACCUGAUAGGACAAGGUGUACAAGGGAUUACCAAGCUCAUCAGCACUAUUGCUGGAGCUGCUGGUGGCGGCGGCGGCGAGAGCGGCGGAGGAGGCCAGAGUAGUGGAGGGGGUGGUGGUAAUCUCGGCGAUCUGACCAACCUCGUUGGUGAAGGGGUAAAGGGCCUCAGCAGCCUUGCUGGUGCGGCGGGCGACGCUGGCAGUGGACUUGGAGACAUCACAAGCCUUAUUAGCAAUGCUGCUGGCGGUCUGGGUAGCAUUGGUAACCUGUUAGGGGGGCUCGGGGGUCUCGGCGGACUGCUUCGAAGAGACCUAGACCCAGAUCUUGUCGCGCGAGCCAUCGAGAAUAUGGAGCUACCAGAUUCGGAUGAUGACGAAUGCAUAAUAGAAAAGCUAGGUGGCUUGCUUCCAGGAUAA